CUUGACAGGCGUUCGCUAUGGACUCCACCAUUACAAUCACUCGAAGACUAGCGUCUAUAAAUAUGUUCCUGCAGAGACAAGCCAUCACACAGCAACUAGUACUAGAGAAUCUGCUCCUUUCUGCUGCCAUUACUUUUCUUUUGCAUUUUAUUUCUUCUCUUAACAAGAUGACUUCAUCCGUGUUGGUGGUACUGUUUCUCUCCCUCCUAUUCGUAGUACCAUAUGAUAAAGUUGCUGCUCAGUCUGUGGGUGUGUGUUACGGGAUGCUCGGCAACGACUUGCCAUCGCGGCCGGAAGCGGUGCAGCUCAUUCAGUCCGUGGGCUUCAAAAAGGUCCGGCUGUACGUCCCAGACGGGGGCGCACUUGACGCUUUAAGGAAAACGGGAAUCGAAGUCAAUCUGGGUAUGUACAAGGAGGAUCUCCAUCGGAUAGCCAACGACGCCUCCUUCGCCAGCUCUUGGAUCUCCAGCAACGUCCAGCCAUACUUGCCGGACGUCAACUUCAAGUACAUCACCGUCGGCAACGAAGUCAUCCCCCAUGCGGAGGCCCAGUACGUGCUACCCGCUAUGAAGAACAUGGUCAACGCCCUGGGCUCGGUCGGUCUCCGAGAGCAGAUCAAGGUGUCCACGUCCGUUUCCAUGGAGGUCAUCGGCGUCUCCUAUCCUCCCUCUCAAGGUUCAUUUUCCGAUCAAGCCGCUCCCUUCAUGGGCCCCAUCGUCCAAUUCCUAGCCAGCACCGGCGCCCCUCUCAUGGUCAAUGUGUACCCGUACUUCAGCUAUGUGGGCAACCGCCAGAACAUACAACUUGACUAUGCACUCUUCACCGCGAACCGGGUUGUGGUCAAAGACCCUAACAAUGGGCUGGAAUAUAGAAAUCUGUUUGAUGCCAUGGUAGAUUCAGUCAAUUCAGCGAUGGAGAGAGCUGGUGCCGCCGGUGUUCCCAUCCAGGUGUCCGAGAGUGGGUGGCCAUCGGCUGGAGGCAACGACCCGACUGUCACUACCAUAGGGAAUGCUCAGACCUAUAACCAAAACCUGGUGGGGCAUGCUGCACAGGGCACGCCAAAGAGGCCGGGGCCCAUGGAGAUUUUUGUGUUUGCUCUAUUCAAUGAGAACCAGAAGACGCCCGCUGGCGUCGAGAACAAUUGGGGCCUCUUCUACCCUAACAAGCAGCCCGUCUAUUCCUUCAGCGUAAACUAGGAGCUCAAAGGUCCAAAAGCUAUCUAGCUUAGUUAUGGACAAUAGUAGCACUCUUAUGAGUUUUUUUUCUUUUUUCCGUGAAGAGGAGUUCAGUCAAAGUUCAAGCUUAUACGACCACGGAAUAGUUCUGUAAGUUACGGGUUUUCAUAAGACCUAGGCAAUGUGCUCAACUAGAUCGAAGCAAUUGUCUGGGAAAUAAUAAGUUCUUGAAUAAAGGAAAUAGAGAUGAUAAUUUCUACUA